UUGACAUUGAAGACACUACUGCCCGUAUUUACCGACUCAAAGUUUUCGCAGCCGGAGGUGCCUCCAGAGUGCUCCGGUAUCCUUUUAGUCUGUUGCAAUUAUUAGAGAAUUCCGCUGGUGUCGAACGGAUCCUGGUGCCAGAUUCAUUCCAAAAUUCGCGGUCAGUCGUUGGACAACGCUUCAAGGAUUCACACAGCUUUCUCCGGGCGGAUAAUCUAUCCAGUUUGUGUUGGGAUUCGAGGCAUAGUGUAACGUGGUAUUACAAAUCUGUUAGUCUCUGUGACCUAGUCUUCUGUGUGUGGUAUCUAUUGCAAGCCGAAUUUCAAUAGUGUUGCAAUUAUGUCCAGCAAAGUGUUACUUUCGGAAGAUUCUGUGUAUCAGCAGAUCCAGAAUUAUUACAACGAGCAUGGUUCCUCAAUUAAUAUUAAGAAGAUCUUCCAGGAGGAUGACAUUCGUUUUGAUAAGUUUAGCCUAAAACUGAGCACACCCAAGGAUGGCGACAUCUUGCUGGAUUACUCCAAGAAUCGUAUCACCGACGAUGCCUGGAACUUGCUUCUCCAGCUGGCAGAGUCGCGGGAAGUGGUCAAAAUCCGUAACGACAUGUUCGGCGGUGAACGUAUCAACAUCACCGAGAACCGUGCUGUGCUCCAUAUUGCGCUGAGAAAUCGCUCGAAUAAGCCCAUUCUGGUCGAUGGAAAGGAUGUAAUGCCCGAGGUGAACGGCGUGCUGGAGCAUAUGAAGGAGUUCACCGAGCAAGUUUUGGAUGGAGUAUGGCGUGGUUAUACCAACAAGAAAAUCAGCGAUGUGGUUAAUAUCGGCAUUGGUGGAUCGGAUCUCGGUCCACUGAUGGUUUCGGAGGCCCUGAAAGCUUACAACACCGGUAUUCGUUCCCACUUUGUGUCCAACGUCGAUGGUACUCACAUUGCCGAAACGCUGAAGAAGCUCGACCCGGAGACAACUCUGUUCAUCAUUGCUUCCAAGACAUUCACCACUCAGGAAACAAUCACGAAUGCCACCGCCGCCAAAAGAUGGUUCUUGGAGCGUUGCGGUGAGCAAGAACAUGUGGCUAAGCAUUUUGUUGCCUUAUCUACCAAUAAGGAGAAGGUCGCUGCCUUCGGCAUCAACACCAAGAAUAUGUUCGAAUUCUGGGACUGGGUGGGUGGACGUUACUCGCUGUGGUCCGCCAUUGGUUUGUCCAUUUCGCUGGCCAUCGGUUUCGACAACUUUGAGAAGCUGUUGGAAGGUGCUCACUACAUGGAUAAUCACUUCUUGAGUGCUCCUUUGAAUGAAAAUGCUCCAGUUAUCUUGGCUCUUAUGGGCAUUUGGUACUCGAAUUUCUACGGCGCCGAGACGCACGCUCUGCUGCCAUACGAUCAGUAUUUGCAUCGCUUUGCUGCCUACUUCCAGCAGGGCGAUAUGGAGAGUAACGGUAAGGGUGUAACCAAAUCCGGCCAGCGGGUGAACUUCAACACCGGUCCGAUUGUGUGGGGUGAACCCGGCACCAACGGGCAGCAUGCAUUCUACCAGCUGAUUCAUCAGGGUACCCGCCUAAUUCCGUGCGACUUUAUCGCCCCGGUCUUUACCCACAACCCCGUGGAGAGUGGUGGCAUGCAUAAAAUUCUACUGGCCAACUACCUCGCCCAGACAGAGGCCCUGAUGAUGGGCAAAACCGAGGACCAAGCCCGUGCCGAACUGGAGAAAUCAGGCUUGUCCGGCGACAAACUGGAACAGCUGCUGCCGCACAAGGUUUUCACCGGUAAUCGGCCGACCAAUUCAGUCCUGGUUAAGAAAAUCACACCGUUCGUGCUGGGAGCUCUGAUUGCCAUGUACGAGCACAAGAUCUUCACACAGGGUGUCAUCUGGGACGUGAACUCGUUCGACCAGUGGGGUGUUGAGCUCGGCAAACAGCUGGCCAAGGCCAUCGAAGUCGAUCUGAAUGAUUCCAAUAAAACUACCUCACACGACUCAUCCACCAACGGUUUGAUCAACUUUAUCAAGGUCCACUGGGAACAGGACGGAAUCUAAGCAUGUUAUCGAGUGGGAGCCCUGCGCUGCUAUACUCAUCUCUCAAACGAAAUGAAGAAGUACACAUAUUAUGGUUAAUGUUAAACACAUAUUAAAUUAUUCUUGAACGUACGUACGUUUCAAUAUAGUCGAUUCAAAUUAUAAAAAGUAGCAUUGCUCUGCAACUCUAAUUGGCGCAUGAAAACUUAAAACAGAUGCUUUCGAUAAUAAAGGUGAAACAAACACGUUUAAACAA